AUGAUGCACUCUGCCAUGCUUUCCAAGCUCGUCCUCCUCGCCGCGCUCCUCGCGCACUCGACCACCGCGCUCCCCCGCCCCAUCACCCGGGACGGCCAGGUGCUCGCGCGCUUUGCUGCGCCCGCUGCCCCGCUCGGGUCGCGCACCUUCGGCGACUUUGGUGACGGUUUCAACUUCGGCAGCGGCGACAUGGGUAUGGGCGGCGACUCGAAGGACGCCCAGAUGGGCCACGACAGCUCCAGCAAGGACAUGAGCGGCGACAUGGGGAAGGACAAGUCUUACCAGGACCAGUCCGGCAACAUGGGUCAGGACCAAUCCGGCGACAUGGGCAAGGACCAGUCCGGCGGCAUGGGCCACGACUCGAGCAAGGACAUGGGCUCCGACUCCGGGAAGGACCAGUCUGGCGGCCAUGAUUCCGGAAAGGAUAUGGGCAUGGGCCAUGACUCCGGGAAGGAUAUGGGCAUGGGCCACGACUCGGGCAAGGACCAGACGACCGAGUCCCAGGCGAUGGCGUCCCAGACGUCGUCCGCGGCGUACCAGUAUCAGACCACCCAGGCGUACCAGACCACGACCUCCGAGAUGGCGCAGCACACGACGGAGUCCAAGAUGAUGGACCACACCACCGAAUCCAAGAUGAUGGACCACACUACCGAGUCGAAGAUGAUGGACCACACGACGUCCUCGGAGAUGGCGCACGAGACGACGAGCGCGUCCGAGUCGUGGCAGACCACCUCUGCGGAUAAGUCCUGGGAGUCGAGCUCGUCGCAGCAGUCAUGGGAGACCACCUCGGCGGACAAGUCCUGGGAGACCACCUCAGCUGCGAAUGCGUGGGAGACCACCAUGGCGCACGACACGACCCAGGCGUACCAGACCGAGAAGGGCUGGCAGUCGUCGAGCGAGUCGUGGGCGUCGACCACCGAGUCCGCGUGGCAGGCGUCUGCGACCGAGGCGGCGACUUCCACCGCCGCUGCCGCUUCCGGCAAUGGCGCGACGCACACCGUCAUCGUUGCCCCUACUCAGGGUGUCCUCCGCUACGUUCCCUUCGCCGUGAACGCGUCCGUCGGCGACACCAUUCACUUCGAGUGGAAGGCCGGCCCGCACACCGUCACCAAGUCCUCCUCGCUCGCGCCCUGCAACAAGACCGCCGACGCCUUCGCCAGCGGCAUGCAGAACGCCUCCUUCACCUUCGAUCAGAUCGUCAACGACACCAACCCGACGUUCUUCUACUGCGCCGUCCCCAACCACUGCCAGAAGGGCAUGUUCGGUGUCAUCAACCCGCCCUCGCUCUCCGGCUCGAACACCUCCGCGGACUCCAUGAUGGCCAACAUGGUCGCCUCGAACCCCGACCUCGCCGCGUACGCCAAGUACACCGACAAGCAGACCGUGCGCUCCGCCGUCGCAACCUCCUGGGGCGGCAACAUGGACCUCGCGGGCAUGCCCGACUGGUCGAUGCCGCUCAUGAUGGAGAACCUGAUGUACACGCGCAACUUCCUCGCGAUGAACAAGGAGGUGCUCAGCGACGACGGGAAGGUCGACCUUUCGGCGGGCGGCCAGACGCCGUUCAUGUGGCCGCAGAACCUCGACGCGGUCGUGAGCGGCGCGGCGAGCUCGUCGGCGGCUGCCCCCUCGGCGACCUUUGCGGCGGGCGGCUCGGCGGCGUCGUCGGCGGCGCCCGCUGGUGCGUCGGCUUCGGGCGCGUCCUCCGCGGAGUCGGCGCUCAACAACGGCGCGUCGAACCUCGCGUCCCCGCGGAUGCUCGCCGUCGCAGCCGCCGCCUUCGGCGCGUUCAUCCUCCUCUAG